AUGGCACAGGGCUCCGAUAGCAACGACACAAGCUACAAGUCUCCGUCCCCUGCCAGUCGAGGGGGUUCAGAUGAUGUUAAGAAGGUGAUGCGGCGCGAGAAGAACAGAAUUGCUGCGCAGAAAAGCCGCAUGAGACAAACUCAGAAAGCGGACAGCCUACACCUGGAGAGCGAGAACUUGGAGAAAGAGAAUGACGCUUUGAGGAAGGAGGUGAAGCAGCUGACGGAAGAGGCCAAGUAUCUGUCGUCCGUCCUGAGCAGCCAUGAGCCCCUUUGCACCGGCCUGACCCCCUCUCACCACGGCUCCUACCACCAGCACAUCUCACACUACCAGCACUGA